UGGGCACUAAUCAUCUAUAGUUGAUCUAGCCACCUAGGAAUCCUUUCUUUUCCUUUUCUAGCCAUGGCUUCUCGUGCUUCUGCUUUAAGCUGCUGCUGCUGCUGCUUCUUCAUUUUAACUUCACUAGCUUCAGCUCAACUGUCGUCGACUUUCUACGACUCAUCAUGCCCCUUGGCUCUGCUUACCAUCGAGACGGCGGUCGUAGUUGCGGUGACCGCAGAGCGUCGUAUGGGGGCGUCACUGCUCCGACUCCACUUUCACGACUGCUUUGUUCAAGGAUGCGACGGAUCUGUUCUUUUAGAUGACACUUCGACCUUCACCGGAGAGAAGUCGGCCUUUCCGAACAAGGGAUCCUUGCGAGGAUUCGAUGUGGUCGAUACCAUCAAAGCUCUACUUGAGAUCGUGUGCCCGCAAACGGUGUCGUGCGCGGACAUCCUCGCCGUCGCCGCUCGCGAUUCAGUCGUUGCGCUUGGCGGUCCGUCGUGGACGGUAUUGUUAGGCAGGAGGGAUUCGACGACGGCGAGUUUAAGCGCCGCUAACUCCGACUUGCCAUCUCCGUUCUCCAGCCUCAACGGUCUUAUCUCAGCCUUCGCGAAGAAGGGCCUCAGUACUAGUGACAUGGUUGCUCUCUCAGGAGCCCACACAAUAGGUGAUGCGCGGUGCACCAACUUCCGAACUCGGAUCUACAACGAGACCAACAUAGACUCGUCCUUCGCGACAGCAUUACAAGCCAAUUGCCCGUUCUCCGGUGGUGACAACAACCUCGCACCACUCGACACUUCGACCCCGACGAUCUUCGACAACUUCUACUACAAUAAUUUGGUGAACAAGGAGGGGCUUCUCCACUCCGAUCAGCAGCUCUUCAACGGGGGCUCGACAGACUCGCAAGUUAGCUCAUACACCACGAAUUCUGCGCAAUUCUUUCGCGAUUUUGCGACAGCGAUUGUGAAGAUGGGGAACAUCAGUCCCUUAACAGGAAGCAGUGGAGAGAUCAGAACCAACUGUAGGAAGAUCAAUUAAUUAAAGAUACGAUAAACUAUCGGUUUGCGUGGUUAAUCUAAGUGUUACAAAAUUUUCUUUUCCCAUUGUUUAAACAUGUAGUUUGUUUUGGCUUGUUUUCACAAGAUUCGUAUAUGAUGUCGCUUUAUUAUACUAGAAUCAAAACAAAUGUAUUCAAAUCAAUCAAUCCAGCAAUAAAAUGAAAGGAAAAAAUGAUGAUGUAUUUAGCUAUUA